AUGUCCUCCCCUAAAGGCCCCUACACCCUAGUCACCGUCAACACCGCCCCUGAGCGGGCUAAGCGCCUCAUCGGCCGCAUGGUUGAGGCCCUCAAGGACCGGUACACGAUUAUCCAUGUUGACAACUGCGAGAGUAUGCCCCCCACCUUACAUCUUGAGUCCAACGCAAGGAUGAAAUUAAUCCAACGCACAGCCAUCGAAGAAGUCGCGCCAAAGGUGACACAGCACAAGCCUGAUGUCCUGUUCUCCGCCUCAAUGUGGUCCGCCGAGCAAGCGGCUGAGAUCCAGUCCAUCGCGCGCAGCAUCAGGCCUGACAUCAAGCUCCAUGCCAUUCCCCAGGGGCUGCAGGUUGAGCGUGGCCCUGAUGCCAUUGUUGAGUACCUGCUUGAGAAUGUGCCCGCGCUUUUGGAUGCGGAGUAG